AUGAAGGUUUGGAUAUUCGUUUUUGUGGUUUUCGCGGUGACCGCAACAGUGUGCACAGACGACACGGAGGAGGCUGCCUGGCAGGCAGCGCAGGUGAUCCCAGAGGCGUCCAGGAUAUUCGUUUUGAGGCAUUCGAAGCGUGUGAUUGGAUUGGAGAAAAUCAUUGGUGGUCAGAAAGUUGAUGUGAAGAAUUUUCCAUAUCAGCUGUCGCUGAGAAGUAAUGGGAACCAUAUUUGCGGCGGAUCGGCAAUUUCACGUGAUUGGGCUCUAACGGCGGCACACUGUCUCUACCCGGGGCGAGAUGUUGCAACUAUUUCAUUACGAGCUGGUAGCAGCGGUCGGCUGUCCGGUGGUCAAAUCUACAAUGUGUCACAAAUAAUUUUCCAUCCACAAUAUAAUCCGGCGCUGUUCGAUAAGGAUGUAGCUCUGCUGAAGGUUGCCAUUCCUUUCCAGGGACAGAACAUUGCUCCGAUAUUAUUGGUCAGCGAGGGAUACGAGCCAGUGGAAGGCAUUCGUAGCAUGGUGUCGGGAUGGGGAAGAACGUUAACUGAUACCAGCUUACCGACUAUACUACAUGCAGUCGACAUACCAAUUGUGGGAAGAAGUACUUGUAGUCUAUUAUGGGGUGAAGGUCUAGUAACUAACGAUAUGAUUUGCGCUGGUCAGUCGGGCCGGGACUCGUGCAACGGUGACAGCGGAGGUCCGCUAGUGUCCGGUGGGCGUCAAAUCGGAUUGGUGUCCUGGGGUUCUACCGAGUGCGGGGGAUCGCUGCCAGCCGUUUACACUCAUUUGGCAGCGACAAGCGUGAGGCGAUUCAUUCGCCGUGUCACCGGUGUGUAA